UCCUCCCGAGUUCAAACCUGCGGAACGACGUGUGCGAGGUUCAGUCUGUGACCCGAAGCCUGAUCGCCUCCAAUCCGUCCGCCUGACCCUCAUCAUCAUCAUCUUCAUCAUCUUCAUCAUCAUCUUCAUCAUCAUCAUCACCAUCCUCCUCCUGCUCCUCUACGGAUCAGCUUCUCUUCUGCACCACAGACUGAGCUUCAUGGACCGAUCGUCAUCAUGAUCCUCUGCCAGCUGCUCCUCCCCCCCCUACGGUCGCGGCCCCCCCCUCUCUGUGUGACAGCGCUCUGGGCCAAUGGCGUCGCGGCGUCACGCAGACACCUCAGCACGAAGGGCGCCGCCCCCGAGCCCGUGAUUGGCCAGGAGUCGGUGGAAGUGUCGGGCCGGUCGUAUCCUCGAGACGACUUCACCAACGUCACGCCGAGCAUCCUCGCCAAGGUCGGACGCAACCUGCACAACCAAUCCCAGCAUCCUCUCUGGCUCAUCAAGGAGAGGAUCAAAGCUCACUUCUACAGCUCUUACAUCGGUCGUUGGGGAAACCCGCUCUUCUCCGUCCAUGACAACCUGAACCCCGUCGUCACUGUGGAGCAGAACUUCGACAGCUUGCUGAUCCCGGCCGAUCACCCGAGCAGGAAACGAGGAGAUAAUUACUACCUGAACAGGGCGACGAUGCUUCGCGCUCACACCUCGGCCCACCAGAGGGAGCUGGUCCGCUCCGGUCUCGACGCGUUCCUAUUGGCCGGAGACGUUUAUAGGCGGGACGAGAUCGACGCCAGUCAUUACCCGGUGUUUCACCAGAUGGAGGGAGUCCGCCUCUUCUCCAACCACGAGCUGUUCUCGAAGGUGCAGGACGGCGGUGACCUGUCGCUGUUCGAGGUCGGAGGUCGCAGGACGCCACAGAAACAGGAAGUUCACACGCUGGAGGCCGUGAAGCUGGUGGAGUUCGACCUGAAACAGACGCUGACGCGGCUCGUCACUCACCUGUUCGGAGGAGAUCUGGAGGUCCGCUGGGUCGACUGUUACUUCCCCUUCACUCAUCCCUCCUUUGAGAUGGAGGUGCGUUUCCAGGGCGACUGGAUGGAGGUGCUCGGCUGCGGAGUGAUGGAGCAGGAGCUGCUGAACUCUGAUCUGGAGGUCCGCUGGGUCGACUGUUACUUCCCCUUCACUCAUCCCUCCUUUGAGAUGGAGGUGCGUUUCCAGGGCGACUGGAUGGAGGUGCUCGGCUGCGGAGUGAUGGAGCAGGAGCUGCUGAACUCUGGUUAG